CAUGCAAGAUUCCUCACCCAAAAUUAAAGAUAUAGGAAGCUAGAGACAGUUUGAUCAAAUGAAGAGUUCUCAUUUCUUUCUAGCCUUUGCACUCUUGGCUUUGGCUUUGUCAUAUGCCUCCGCCUAUGACCCUAGCCCUCUCCAGGACUUCUGUGUUGCAAUCAAUAACCCCUUCAAUGCUGUGUUCGUGAAUGGAAAAUUUUGCAAGAAUCCCAACCUUACUAUAGCCAAUGACUUCUCUUUUUCGGGACUGAAUGUUCCUAGAAAUACAGGGAAUCAAGUAGGAUCAACUGUAACCCUCUUAAAUGUGGAACAAAUACCAGGAGUUAACACUCUUGGUAUCUCCCUUGCUCGUAUAGACUAUGCACCGAACGGUGGUUUAAACCCUCCCCAUUUUCAUCCUCGUGCCACAGAAAUCCUUUUAGUCCUCGAGGGCACUCUUUACGUUGGUUUCAUCACAUCCAACCCCAAUCGCCUUAUCAGUAAAGUCUUAAAUCCAGGAGAUGUUUUUGUGUUUCCAAUUGGCCUGAUUCACUUUCAGUUUAAUAUUGCAAAGACGAAUGGAGUUGCCAUUGCUAGUUUAAACAGCCAAAAUCCUGGAGUUGUCACUAUAGCAAAUGCAACCUUUGGAACUAAUCCACCAAUUAAUCCUGAUGUUCUGGCUAAGGCCUUCCAGCUGGACAAGCAAGUUGUCAAAAAUCUUCAGGCCAAGUUUGGUGGAAGCAACAACUAGAGAGACACGCACAAAUAAGUUUGGUGGAACCAGUAACCUUCUUUGAUAAGAUAGUGCAAUAUUCUCUGUAAUGCCGUGAGAAGAAUAAAACAAAGGGUGAUUUCCUAUUACGUGCUAAUGUCUAUUAUGUUCAUUUUGGGUGCAGUAUGAAACACUGGAAUUCCUGUAAAAUAAGCUUUCCUGCUAUUCCAGCAGCUCAGUUUGUAGCCAAAAUUUCAAUGUCUAUCUAAACUCAUUUCACUGUA